GGACCAUUGAGGUCGAAGGAUCGUCGAGAGGUGUGCAAAGCAGUCCAACUGAAGCCAUGGGGACUCCGGUUGAGAUUGCGAUCGUUGGCGUCGUUGAAGACCGAAAACGAAGUUAUCUCGGCCCUGAAGGGUUCUGUAUUAGGAGCGCGGACAGCACGGUUGCUGGGUGGAAACCAUGGAACGGAUCUGGCCAGUCUGG